AGCAAAAUCUGUACGUGCCACUGGCAAUCAUCAAGACGAACUCAUGGACGAAAACUUCCAGUAUCAGCCUCUCCCUCGCAGCGAUGGCCUCCGGAUUCUCCAUCUGGAGGCCUCGAAUGAGUUCGACUCGGAACUAGUUGGCACCCUUUCGUCGGUGCCAUUUUCGGCCACGCCAGCCUACGUAGCACUUUCGUACACAUGGCAAGACCGCGACGUAUCCCACGCCAUGGUCCCGUUGCCCGCCAGCCUUCGGGGUUCAGAGACCCCCUUUCUGCGCCUGAGAAACACUAGCGGUGGUGGGGAGUCUCCAGGAGAGAAGGCUCCUACUCCGGGUGAGAGGCCUCUUGGGGCCCGAUUCCCCAUCGGCCACAACCUGGCCCUCGCACUGCUCCAUCUUCGCCCGCGCGGCGGCCCCCCUCUUCCCCUGUGGAUCGACCAGGUCUGCAUUAACCAGAUUGAUAACGCCGAGCGCGCCGCCCAAGUCGCUCUCAUGAGCUUCAUCUACCAACGCACCCGUCUGGUCGUCUGCUGGCUAGGAGUCGCCGAGUGGUACGGCGACACUAGCGGCUACUGCUCCUUUCGGGAUAUCUUCAGCUUCGUUGAAGACGCCAGGAGGAAUGAGACGAGAUUAUUGCCGGGCUUUGACCCCAUCCCCCGCGGCACCGCCCCAGGUGCCAUGGAAGACCUUCGCUCGAUCCACGACAUGGAGCUCUACCAGCUGCCGGCCAAUAGCAAGAUCGACCCGCUAAACCCGUACUGGCAGCGCAUCUGGAUCGUGCAGGAAGUGUGCCUGGCGCCCCGGGUGGUCUUUAUGCAAGGCCCGUACGCUUGCGACCAGGUCCAACUGGCGAGCGCACCCCGCCUGACGCACCACGCGGCCCAGCCCGCCGGCACAGACAAGGACUGGAUCCAGAGGCUGGUCGAGGCGAGGGCGGGCCGUUUCAGCGACGCGAUGAGACUCGAGGCGCUAGUCGAGAGGUUCCGGGAAUCCGGGUGCCACGAGCUGCGGGACAAACUGUUCGCCCUCGUGGGUUUGGCCAACGAUGCAUGGGCUGUCGCGGGAGGGUCCAACGGCGUGGCAGCCGAAAAGAAAGAUGCGAAGCGCAAGAGUAACAGUAGGCGCAGGGGUGGUAGCCGGCGCAAGGGCGGCGGUAGGAACCCAACCCCAGAGCCAAGUGACGGCAGGCUCUCCAUUGACUAUGAGCGGUCCUUUUUCGACAUCUGGUGCGAAGCCGUCAAGUUUUUUCUAGAGACAGCCACGCCGAUAAAGGGCUUCUGCGAACAUCCAUUUGAGACGCGGGAUGAACGAGAGGCCAAGGUUGUUCGAUUUGCCGGGAUACUGCAGCAAGCAUUCGCGGGCAAAGUCCAAGAAGAAAUGGCAUCGAGAUCUGAGAUCAAGAUAAGGCCCGGGCACGGUGUUAUGACCAAAGGCUAUAUCGCGGGAAGGAUUCUACAUCUGGGCCCUUCCUACGACGAAUAUACCGGUUCGCACUUGAAGCACUCCCAGUGGCUUCAGAGCUGGUCUCGCUACUAUACCGACCAUGGCGAUCUGGGAGAGUUGAGAAAGAUGGAGGAGCAGUUCUCCAUCAAGAUCAUCGAGAUGUACACCGACGCGGAUGUCGCAAGGGUGAAGGCCUUUGAGCACGACCUCACUUGUGCCCUUUCGCCCCCGACGCAGCCCAUUAGUGGAAAGGAGCUUGCCAGUGCUGCAAGUGUGGGACGGGCGUCCCUACAGCGUCGUGCAGCCUCGCUGCAAGUAUCCAGCCGCCUCCCACGGCGCUUCCUAGGAAGCGACUUAUGCAUAGGGAUGGUGCCUGGGGAGGCUCAAGUGGGAGACGUGAUCCUGAGGUUCUGGAACUGCGACGCAGCCGUCGUAGCCAGCACUACUACCCACAGAAUCUCGCAGCCGUCUGGUGCUCAGCACACAAAAGGGGGCAAGCGGGUGGUCGCGAAUAUGGACGUUCACACCAUUAUCGGACGCGCCGACGUUGCCGAGCUGACAUCGCGGUUGCCCCAAGAUGCCAGGGCGAAGGAUAAGAUGGGGUUUCACGAAGCCAUUUCCGAGGACGGGGAAUCCGUGGCUUCAGACACAUCCUCAAACAGAAGUCAUAGAGUCGACAUAUACAUGGACUUUGUGACGCUGCAGAAGGUGUCAGAAGCGAUAGUGAUCGGCGAAUGAGAGCUGGAUGUUCGCCAACCCGGGCUGUUUGGCACAUCUACUUAAAUCAACCAUGUGUCAUGUUCUUUUCCUGUAUUAUUUUCCCGAGUUUUUUUUGGUCGGUAAUGAGCGACUAUCAAAUCAGGCCCUUCCGGUAGAUGCAUAAGCUUAGAGUUGACAAUAUAGGCAUCGGUUCUGGUUAUCGUUCGGCGAGAUU